GACCCCGUCGUCUCUGUUCUCAUCUCAAUCCCGACAGCGAGAAAGAAUUUGCUGCCCAUAGACGAAUUGCAAAAUCCAAAAGAAAUCCACCUGGCCCAUCUGCUGUCCUUAUAUUAUUAAAGCGAAAGGAAGACCCAGCAGGCGGAAGUCAGCGGUUUUCCUUGUGGUGGGCGGUAGUCCUGUGGGGGGAAGGAGUCUUCAAAGGAACCCAAUUUUGGGAAAGCAUGCGAAACGUUCGAGAUUUGAUGUGCAGUGGUUUGCCGUCUCCAAGAUAGUUGUUAAGGUGCCGAAUCAUCGCGGGUCCUCGUUGAAGCAUGCUGAUUUUGCGCAUGGAUUCGAAAAGAGAGAGACGGCCGAACGUUAGAUUAGGUGAGGUGGGAGAUUUCCCUGCUGCCUUUGCAUGCGUGUUCUCUCAUAGAUACGAGGCGAAUUCGAUUCGCAAGAGAAGGAACCGCGUCGUUGAUCCUGGAAAGAGGUCCGUUUCGAAAGAGGCCCCGCCGGAGUCUUUGGGUUUGGACCGUGCCGUGUCGCCGGGGAUUUCAGUCGAUCCUCUGCUGCAGCGAGGAGAAAAUGAGAACCCGGCUUCUGAAGCAGAGAGUUCAGGGGAAAUGGGGAUGGCCAAAUUCGAGCUGAAUUUCGGUGCCGUCACUCGCAAGUGUCGGGUGAUGAAGCGCCGGUGCCGGAGCGCGGCGGGGAGUAACAGGGUUUUCGCGAGCGGUUGGGGUUUUACAUAUAGUCCUGAGAUUGCUGAUGAAUCAGAUGGAAAGGUUUCGGUUGGAUUCGCGGAGAAUUCUGCUCCCGAUCAAUUCGAUGAUUUGUCGGGUCGCGAAACAUCAAUGGCAAGUAAAGAAGGAACCGAGGAUGGGAAUGUCUCCCCCAACGCCGGUCACGGGCACGGGCACGGAGAGGACGAUGCUGAAGUCGGACGAGACGGCUUGAGUAGCGUGACGGAAUGGUUGGAGGUAUUGGGGCUCGGCAAGUAUGCGGAUAUGUUCGAAAUGCACGAGGUGGACGAGGAAGUCUUGCCUCUUCUCACUCUCCAGGACCUCAAAGAAAUGGGCGUGCAUGCCGUCGGGCCGCGGCGGAAGCUGUACAGUGCAAUCAAGCAAUUAGCAGGAACGCUCGAGUGAUCGUAUCGCUCGAGACGGGGUUGUUGAAGAAGAAGCCGUCUCGCUGCGGAGGAAGCAGCGGGCAUGCAACUGUCUUUUUUUUUGGGGAUGGAAACUGCUGUUUGAGGGCUUAGUUCUGUGAAUAAAGCUUACUUAACGAUGUGUAUAUACUGGUUAAGGAACAUCUGGUAAUGUGCUACUAGUUGUGCUAACUCCUUUUGGAUGCAAUUCUUUUGCUUUUUGGUUGA